AUGGAGCAUCAGCCCAGGCAAGCGAGCAAGGCUGUCGAGGAUGUGGAGGUAGCCGGCUCCGACUCGGAGACCGAGCCUGAGUCGGAGCCUGAGGCGGCAAAGCCAUGGCCGAUUGUCACCCUCGAUAAGACUUGGGAAGAUCACUAUCGUCGAAUGUUGAUCUUGAUCUACCCUUUGGCCGCCGAACUUGGAGCUGAGGGAAUGCUGGCUACUGAAUCCACAUGGCGCCGCUACGUGUACGCCCCGAGCGAAUUGCUGCUCCUUAACAACCCUCACCUGACGGUCGAAAGCAAUUCUGAAGUCAGGGCGAGACCGUGGAAGCUUGCGCCACCGUGGCUGGAGGAUGCCCGGCUGGACGCAACCCUCGGCGUUAAGGUGAUCAAGGAGCGUGCUGACGUCGUAGCCUGCGCCACUGGAUGGAUCUCGUUUAGCUUCGCCGACAUUGAGGAAAAGCGAAGCAGUGAAGACAACAAAGACGAGUCCAAGCUGCUUGUGAUCAUGGGGAUCAGGCUUUGGCACCUGGCGAAAUCCAUCGGAACUGUGGGUAUCUUCGACAUCAUGGGCAACGGCAUACCUCUGCCCGUCUCAGUUGGCGUCCUUCGAAGCGCCGUGCGUUGGAGCGUUUACUUUAUGUGGCGGCAAUUCGACUCCAGGACCCAGCAGGUCGUCUACAAAUGGUCGCGACUUCUCGAUUGCCCAAGUUUGGCGACGCCAGAGGGCUUCCUGCACUAUACCACUUUCAUGUGGCGCCUGUCUGUUUAUGGCGACCUCUUCGCUUGUGCUGUCCGCAAACAACUUCGUAGGAUCGCACCCUAUCGCCACGACCUCCUGGGAUCCCUGGUGUGCAACCUGAACCUCCUCGUCAGAGUCUCCGGCGACGCCUCAGAACCCAAACCGUACGCGCUGUAUAUGACAUCGUCGCAGCCCUUCUUGCGGGACGAGUUCGAAGCGUAUCAGCUGCGCGUGGCGAUGAACCCCGAGGAGGCCCUCACAGCACCCAGCGAACUUCAGCAGAAGCUGCGCGUCAAGCGGAUCAUGCACGAACGCCUCCUCAAGUAA